CUAGUUUUCAAUGUCUGUGUGAGUGAAGCAAAAGUAGGUGUUGAGACGACGAUGUGGCUGUAUUUUUUGCGCCUCCUUUCUGAAUGUCGCAAAAUGGCGGACCGGCCGUUAGAGCAGUAGGUUCAGGGGGGCCCUCGUUUGUUCGCUAGAUAUAUAGCGUUGGAUAGUCGAUUCUGUCCUCAAAUGUAUAAAAUUAGCAUGGGGAACAGUCAGUGUUUGUUGUUAGUUGACUUUUGAGUUCAUUCCACCUCUGAUUUCCGCAGCGUCCUAGCUGAAAGUAAUGCGCAAAAGUACUGAAUCAACAUGUUAUUUGACCAAUGUCAUUGGAGAUGCUAGGCAGCUAGCAAGCACUGCUUGCUGACUCCCAGAUGCAGCGAAGGUGUAACCAGUGACUGAGAGCCGUGCUGCUGUGUUUCUGACAUCCACGUGUCACCCGUCAAGGUUCUAUUUCUCCUUUCGUGGGUGGUCACCGUUCCCGGGAGUGCUGAUCCGAGUGACGGAAGCCUCCUCCUCCUCCACCUCCUCUCCCCUGGAACGCCCGGAAACCCUACCGUCUGAUUGGUGAUCUCCUGUAACCCAGGAGACAGCAGCUGCCACCCACCAGCAACACCACCACCACCACCCCCCUCGUCACCCCGACCGCCCCCCGACUGCCUGGCUCACCUCCCCCCUUUACCUCCCUCCCCAACGCCCUCCCCAACACCACCAUGGUGCUGUCACAGAGGCAAAGAGAUGAACUAAAUCGAGCGAUAGCCGAUUAUCUCCGUUCUAAUGGCUAUGAAGAGGCGUACUCGGUCUUCAAGAAGGAAGCAGAAUUAGACAUGAAUGAAGAACUGGAUAAGAAGUAUGCUGGCCUUUUGGAAAAGAAAUGGACUUCAGUCAUCAGAUUACAAAAGAAGGUUAUGGAAUUAGAAUCAAAGCUGAACGAGGCAAAAGAGGAGAUCACCCUGGGAGGCCCCAUCGGUCAGAAACGAGACCCAAAAGAGUGGAUUCCCCGCCCCCCGGAGAGGUAUGCCUUGAGCGGACACAGGAGCCCCGUCACCCGCGUCAUCUUCCACCCCGUCUUCAGUGUCAUGGUCUCCGCCUCAGAGGACGCCACAAUAAAGGUUUGGGACUACGAAACGGGGGACUUCGAGCGCACCCUUAAGGGCCACACAGACUCUGUGCAGGACAUCUCCUUCGACCAGACCGGCAAGCUGCUGGCCUCCUGCUCCGCAGACAUGACCAUCAAGCUCUGGGACUUCCAGGGCUUCGAGUGCAUCCGGACCAUGCACGGACACGACCAUAACGUUUCGUCUGUAGCUAUAAUGCCCAACGGAGACCACAUAAUCUCAGCCUCCAGAGACAAAACCAUGAAGAUGUGGGAGGUGGCCACUGGCUACUGUGUGAAGACGUUCACAGGCCACAGAGAGUGGGUGCGCAUGGUGCGACCCAACCAGGACGGAACCCUGGUGGCCAGCUGCUCUAACGACCAGACGGUGCGCGUGUGGGUGGUGGCCUCUAAAGAGUGCAAGGCAGAGCUGCGGGAACACGAGCACGUGGUGGAGUGCAUCAGCUGGGCACCCGACAGUGCACACCCCACCAUCCUCGAAGCCACCGGCUCAGAGACUAAGAAGAGUGGCAAGCCUGGCCCCUUCCUGCUGUCCGGCUCCAGAGACAAGACCAUUAAGAUGUGGGACGUGAGCACUGGCAUGUGCCUUAUGACACUGGUUGGCCAUGAUAACUGGGUGCGUGGAAUGCUAUUCCACCCUGGCGGCAAGUUCAUCGUGAGCUGCGCCGACGACAAGACCCUGCGGAUCUGGGACUACAAGAACAAGCGCUGCAUGAAGACCCUCGGUGCCCACGAGCAUUUUGUUACCUCUCUGGAUUUCCACAAGGCUGCUCCCUACGUUGUCACUGGGAGUGUAGAUCAAACAGUAAAAGUCUGGGAGUGUCGCUGAUGAUGGUAACCUGCAGGACCCCCCAACCCCACCCCCAUACCACCACUCCUCCUCUUCCUACUCUUAUUCCAGCCCCUCUCAUCCUUCCCCCACCCACCAAAAACCCAUUCCACCCUCCCCUACAACUCCAACACCCCUCUCUACCCCCUUCCUGUUCCAUCGUCUCUGGAUGCACUCAAAACUUACCAUGGUUAUUACCCAUUGAGCUCUGGUUAAAUAACUAUUGUCCUUUUAUGUAAAUUAUUCUGGAUGUAGAUUGAGCUAUUAAAUGUUACACGAAAAAAAAGUAUUCUUGCAUGGUGAAUCCAAAAUUGUAUACUGUAAAUUUACAUAACGUUGUCUAGAAGCACCAUAGGGUUUAACACAGGGCCGAAAAACCUUUCACUUCGGUCUCGACCUUACCGAAGGCAGACGCCGACUGGGUUAUAACGUAGGGCACUAAAACUGAUAAUUUAAUGACAGUGUCGUUCUUAUGUGUCAGAUUUAUUUUUUGUCUGUCUAUUUUUUUAUUUAGAUUUUUUUUUCUUUUUUCUUUUUGAUUUUUAUUUCACUGUCGUAGUCUGUUGGUGCCUAGCUUGGUGACCUUUUUGAAGGGGAGGGGGGUUAAAAGACAAUAUAAAAAGGAAAAGCUAUAAUCCUUCCGUGGAGAUUUGAUUGUCUUUGGGGCUUGUUAUGAGGACUUUCUCUCUGUAGCUUUGUAACAUCACUUCUGAAGUGUGCUUACCAUUUCUCUUCUUGUGGAACUAGAUCCUAUUUUAAUGGCUGCAUCUAAGAAUGUUUUCAAAAACCUGUUGUCUGGAGGGGGAAACCCUAAGGGAUUAAAAAAAAGCUUUGUGCUCUUGUCAUGACGCGUCCUAUAGCCUGAAAUUAGUGAAGAAAUGUUCACGUUUCAAAAAAAAAAAAAAAAGUUGAAGGAAAAAUUCUCAAACUAGUUGUUUGAGUUUGCCAGCUAGACUUCAGAGUGAGCAGCAAUUACUUCAUUUGAGGGGUUUUUGUUUGAUUUCUGUUCUGGAUUUGCUUUUUUUUGUUCCUGCCCAUAAGCCAUAGCUUGCCCUUGAUACUCCUUGGCUUUAUCAACGUUAGAGCAUAAACUGCAGGUUUAUCUUGACACUGUGGUGAUUUCUUUUCCCUCUGUAUACCCCUCACCUGACCUUCAGAAGCACUCAAGAGUGUCUUAAAACAUCACUGCACCACUGGAAAGCCCCCUAAAUGGCUUAAGUGUCGCAUCUAUGUAGGGGUUUGUGUGAUGGCUUAAUACAAGGAAAAUUCUAUUAAUGUGAGUGAGUGAACUCUUGCAAUCCCAUUCCCCAUAUGAAGCGCUUACCUUACUUCAGCAGAAAAUCAACAAACAAAUCAUGUCAACCUGUUAGGUGCCCUCACGCCGCUUGGUUUUUCUUUUUCCUACCAUUUUCUUUGUUUCUCCUCCCUUAAUUUUUCAUUUCGCUGCUCUAGUGGCAAAAUGUGAAAUGAGCUUAGCUGUGUUACUAAAUAAAUGCGUCGACCCCCGUUAAUUGAAAAGGGGGUGAAAGAUGUAGAGCAUGACAAGGAUUCAAAGUUUUCCCACCCUUCCUCUCUCUAUCUCUCUCUCUCUCUGUGUGUGUGUUGGGGGAUGUGCAAAAACAUGAAACAAACAAAAAAACGGCUUUCUUGUAAGCAGGACAAAAAACGUAAUAAAAUCUAUAUUGUUUAAUAAAUAAAAAUGGAGCGAAAGUAAACCAAUUUCUGUGUUAAACAUUUUAAAGCUUGUUACUGAGGUGGAAUUGCAAUGCUGUCAUUGAUCUGGUUCUUGGGGAUUUAUUUACAUAAAACUUGAAUGAUUUGAGUAACAAAGUGGAAGAUAAUUGGUUCCAGGGCCAGCAGUGUCUGCUGUGCUAUUGGUUAUUGCCAUCGCCUGUGCUCUGUCCUAUGCAGAAGAUGCCCCAUCAUGAGAGAGGCAUCUGACCCUUCAUUGGCUGGUUCACCUUGUGACCACGGCUGCUUCCUCCCUCCCUCCUUCCCUCGCCAUAUAGCCCUAUGUGGCUGAAUCAGUGCCCUUGUUGGAAAUGGUCUGGCUGGCUAAUGGCUUGCUCAGAUCAACACAUUGUGGACGUCGCAAAGUGAUGUGGUUGGGCAAUUUCGUACAACCGACAGUGCACCUCUUGGUUCGUUUGGUGAGGUGCGGUAGGGUCAUGUUUGGUCCUAAAAUUCCUUUUCCAUGUCCAGAAUGGAUUGCUUCAUGCCAGCCACUAACCAAUCAGACGGUUGCAAACGAGCCCAGAGAGGUUGAGGUUGAGGUAGAGGUUGAGCAUGCUGGAGGCUCGGUGAACACCCUUCCAGGCUACGCAAUGAAUCGACCAAUUGCCCGCUGUGUUAGUGGCGCUCCCUUUGCCAAUCAACCAAUCAGCCGCCUUGUUGGUGGCAACCCCUUGUGAAUCCCCAUGCUUUCCGCUUCUAGAGAAUCAAAUGUGGUUUUCGUUGAAAUCAGGAGAUGGGACCUGUUACUUAAGUAAAUCCCAGCCGACAGUGACCAACUCAUUCCUUUCAAUAACUUGAGAAAAUUGUUCAACAGAAGACGUUACAAAUUAGUCUGUCCCUGACCAGGGCAGCAGAUGACUGAUGUGGAUGAGAAUGUGAAUGAAAAUGGGACAAAGGUGAUUACUUUUGAAAAGUGAUUAUCCAGUUAACUUGCACAUCCCUGGCUCCUCCUUUUUGUUUUUAGAUCUUCAGGUUUGUGUGUGUAACCUGAAGCUCUAAGACAUGAUGAUAUAAACCUAUUAAAAACUGCAUAGAAAUGUAAAAUUAGCCCUUUUUCAUUACAAUGCAAUGACAUGAUGAUGAUGAUGACGACUGCGACGACGACGAUGAUUUAAGAAAAUCAACCGCUUAACCAACCUACUCUAUCUAGCAACCUUUCCUGUUGUGUAUACCGGAUGUCUGCUGAUGCUGCCGCAAAUGAUGAUUAUAAUUAUAAUGACAAUGAUUAUAAUAGAAAUCCAAAUUCUGGUAGUGACUAGUCUUUGAGUCUGAGAUCCGUUCCCUGGUGACCCAACACUGCUGCAUGUAACAGUACUGAUGAUCGAGCUGUCUGGACCAGGGGUGUCUGACUUGUCUGUCUGUGCUCCAGACAGAGCGUUGAAUGCGAAAGCGUGUGACAUUCGUUUUCUUACGAUUAAAAGAAAAAAAACCUCAGGACGACCCUGCUGUGUGUCACAGCAGUCCAAUUGACAAAUUUUACUAGUCAAAUGAAUAUAAAUAAUAAAAACUAUAUAAAUAAACAGAGCCAACGAGGAAAACAAUCCUGUCAUCUCCCUCUUUUUUAAAGGGGAUGGUUUGUGUGUAUGUACAUAGAUGAUAAAAAUGUUGUUAGUUUUAAUAACUCCAAACUGCAGACACCCCUACCAGAUAGGUCAACCAGCAUGAUGAACUGUGGACAGCUUAAGUAACGUGGUUGUAGAGAAAAAAAAGACUUGGUCUCUUUGUGCUGUACAAAUGAGGACGACGUCCUCCGAUUUUAUAUUUUAUUCUUUUUAUUUUCCAUUUGUAAUGGGAUUGCGGCAGACUGGAGAACUCCUUAACUCCUUUUUCACCGACCUACACCCUCUUCAGAGGAGGCGAUGCCCUUCUCCACACCACACCCAACCCACCCCACCCUCUAACCCAAGGAAAAAAAACACCGUUGAUGCCUCCUUGUAGAACAAUAACCUCCCGUGUCUGGGAGAGGAUUGCUUCAGAUUGCGUUAGUCAAAUCAUCUCGUUUUUUUGAUUUUCUUGUCUCUCUCUUGCUUUCACACAACACGUGACCUGUCCUUUGAUCUGGGGCAGAGUCCUGGGCUACCACCCCCCACCCCCCUUCCCGUCUUUCCCCGUCACACUACCCUAAGAAAUCCUGAGACAGGAACGGGAGAGCUCAACUUACACCAAAGGGUGUAUGUUAAACGCUUAAAAGUUGAGAUGUGCAAAAUGUUUCAUGCUGUAAACUCAUUGAGUACUCAUCAGAUACCAAAAAUAAUGUGGGGGAAAACAUAGGACAUUGCAUUUAGCUAGAGUGCCCUGGUAUUCUUUUUUUUCUCUCUUGUUUUGUUUUUGGCUCUCUCUUUCUGUCCUUAUUCACGGUGUCCACAGAAGAUGUUCCACUAUGACAAGAAAAGGCAUCCUUGAAAACUUGUUUCUCCCUUUGGCUGUUUGUAGAAUUCUGGGUUUUUUUGGACCACAGAAGCAGACAGGAAAAACAAACAAACAAACAAAAACUAGUAAACCCUUUGAUGGACUUUCUGACUUGCCUCAUGAAAUCAAAUUUCCCCAAAUUGUAUUUGGUGGCGAAGGAUGAAAUGGGUUUAGACGCUGGAGGUGCUCUUAUUGAUAUUACUCUUCAGAGCCAUGUUAUCAAUCAGACUUAACCCAAACGUCUGAAGAAAAUGAAAUAAAUAAACAAAAUGCAGGCAUCAAUCAAGAUUCCUGUACUCCUUUGCUGCCUGGGAACGAAGGAGCAAAGACACUUAACAGAAUAUAAAAGAAAACAAAUGUGUUUGCUAUCCAAACCACAGGUCCCAAGCAAUCCCAAUGCUGCCCUCGCUGGUAGGACUCAGGCACAGACAAGGGGAGUGGGGAGGCGCUUUGGUGCAGCUGUUGCUCUCUGCUCUGUCUGUGGGUCUGUCCUUCAGCCUUUGAGUCCGUCUAUGUGCUCGCUCGCUCAGCGCGCUUUGUGAAUAGAUUUGAGGGCUUGAGAUUUCACAGCUCUUAAUGGGAUUUUUUGCUUUCCAUGGUUAUCACUGUUCACUCAGCCAAUUGUUAACAAUAUAUCUGGAUGUCAUUGUUUGCAACAUAAUUAAAGAAAAUCUCAAAAUGGU